AGAGAGAGAGAGAGAGAGAGAGAGAGAGAGAGAGAGAGGAAGCGUCCCUCAGGGUCCCACUGUGUCUUGAGGUGAGCUGCCCCCCCACCCAGUACUUGCCAAUGCUGGAUCUGGAGGUGGUGCCUGAGAGAUCACUAGGAAAUGAGCAAUGGGAAUUCGCCUUAGGGAUGCCAUUGGCCCAGGCCAUCUCUAUUCUACAGAAACACUGCCGCAUCAUCAAAAACGUCCAGGUGCUAUACAGUGAGCAGACACCUCUCAGCCACGACCUUAUACUGAACUUGACUCAGGACGGGAUUAAACUGAUGUUUGAUGCCACAAACCAGAGACUCAAGGUGAUCGAAGUGUAUGACCUGAGCAAAGUCAAGUUGAAAUACUGUGGAGUCCAUUUCAACUCGCAGGCCAUCGCCCCUACAAUAGAGCAAAUAGACCAGUCGUUCGGAGCCACGCACCCCGGAGUUUACAAUGCCGCAGAGCAGUUGUUCCAUCUCAACUUUCGAGGACUGUCCUUCUCCUUCCAGCUGGACUCUUGGAAUGAAGCCCCGAAAUACGAGCCUAACUUUGCCCUGGGUUUGGCCUCCCUGCAGAUUCCACACGGGGCCAUGGUCAAAAGGAUGCACAUCUACACUGGCAACAACCUGCAGGAAACAAGAGCUCCGGCGAUGCCAGUGGCUUGUUUUCUUGGAAACAUCUACGCAGAGUGUGUGGACGUCCUGAGGGACCGGGCAGGAGCUCUGGGGCUCAAACUCCACCUUCUCACUGCAGGUUGUGGUCCAAGUGUGAUGGCGGAUUCUAAAGUGAGGUCUCUAGAGAGGAGCAUCUACUUUGGAGAUUCCUGUCAGGAUGUGCUCGGUGCUCUGGGCUCACCACAUAAAGUUUUUUACAAGUCCGAGGACAAGAUGAAGAUUCACUCUCCAUCGCCUCACAAGCAGGUUCCUUCUAAAUGUAACGACUACUUCUUCAACUACUUCACCCUUGGAGUGGAUAUCCUGUUUGACUCAACAACUCACCUGGUGAAGAAGUUUGUCCUGCAUACCAACUUCCCGGGACAUUACAACUUCAACAUAUAUCAUCGAUGUGACUUUAAGAUUCCACUAGUCAUCAAAAAAGAAGGAACUAAUUCCCAGACAGAGGACUGCAUUUUAACCACCUACAACAAGUGGGAUCAGAUUCAGGAGCUGCUGGGUCACCCGAUGGAGAAACCUGUCGUGCUCCACAGGUCCUCCUCAGCCAAUAACACCAACCCCUUUGGCUCCACGUUCUGCUUUGGACUGCAGAGGAUGAUCUUUGAGGUGAUGCAGAAUAACCACAUAGCUUCAGUGACCCUGUACGGUGCUCCGCGGACCACCGGUCAGGCCCGACCCGAGUCCAGCAGUAGUUCCCACUGAACAAGCAACCAGAACCACAUCCCAUUCUGGCCUGUCCUGAAUCUAGUACCUCUACUGACUGAACCUCUAACACGGAGCCAGAUUCUUAACCAAGCAGACCUAACCCGGGACAACCAAGCUAUUCUUGCUCAGCUCAGACGAUGAGUGGAAACACAACAAGAACCCAAGGAACAACCAAAUCCGACCUGACGUUAAUCAGCUCCUCAAGAGUGGGUACUAAGAUUUAUUCUUCCAAUCAGACACAUCCAGCAUAUCCCAUGACAUCCAGGUUCUACGUACAUUAUCCCAGUGCUGGAGCAUUCAUGCUUUGCAAUGUAACCAGUGAAAUAAUUCCCUGGUUGUGUGGAAAUGUCACUGUGGUGCUGCAAACUGACAAAGUGAAGAAAUCUGCGUUGUGGUAGAGCUCAGCUGUUUCCUGUCUCCAUCCUGUGACUGCAUCCGCCCAGGAGCACAGACGACCACAGACUGAAGUGUGGAACGGCGAGGUUCCACCAGUGAGAAGAACCACGACUGUAAAACCUCCACGACGGUGUGGUGGUGAGACUGCAAGCGUUUGAAUUCAUCUGCUGCACAUUUUUAAAGACGACAGCUGUGAGGUCAACACGGCUGCCACUGGAAACUGCUGUGGCCCAAGUCUUGAAGCAAACUUUGGCUCGACCCACUGACUCCACAUCAUCCGACCACACUGCCAGCCCGAGCCGUACCGCCUGUCUUCCUGCCUCAACUGCAUAAUCAGACCUGACUGGAUCGGUCCGAACCACGAGAACCAAGCCAGCCCAACCCGACCAAGAGAUCAUCAGAGCCAAACACACACACACACACACACUGCAGAGGACUGAAACCGAAACACAGAAACACACACAGGAAUCCGAGAUUGUGUUGAGGAACCAAACACACUCAGGGUGUGGACAGAGACGUGGACAGAGACGUGGACAGAGACGUGGACAGAGGCGUGGACAGAGGUGUGGACAGAGACGUGGACAGAGACGUGGACAGAGACGUGGACAGAGACGUGGACAGAGACGUGGCCCAGGACGUAACCCCCUCCACGGACGAGCCAAUCAAAUCAGACGAUCCAAGCGUCACCUCCUGAUUAAUGUCUCCCUCCUCAUCUUCUAACCCGUCCUUCAACUUUGUUCAGUGGUGCCCUCGAAGAUACACAACACACACAACACAUUCAACACAAAAACAUCAGCGAACACUGUAAAUCCCAAGCUGUUGCAUGCAGCUCUGGACAUUAGCUCCUCACACUCACAAGUGAAGAUUUGCAUGUGCUCCUCCGCCGAUCGACAUUUCAGGACAUCAAUUCUAAAGCACAGUUACACAGCUGCUCACUGCUGCGUCCUUUCUAAUAUUUGAAACCUGGCUCCUCUUGUGUAGCCUCAGCAGAGUUAACAAAAAACCCGGGAACACGCAGGCAUGACACGAGGUUUGCAUGAACCUGGCCGAUGCUUCGGAAUGGGAAGAGACUCGAAACAAGAUCAAACCGGCAGCCGGCUGCGCUGAUUUGAUCCUGCAUGUUGUGAAGAGGCGUCGACCUGGCACGCACUUUGUUUUGUUAUUUCCCUUUGUCCCUCUUUCCCACGUGCGACCAUUUCCAUGAUGAUCAGUGUUGAUUGAGUCAAAUCCAUUUUGUACAUUUGCACUAAUACACACCUUCGUACUUGACCGGUCGAUUGUGCCCGAUACUCAGAUGUGGAGUUGUGGAGCUAGAGGGGUGUGUGUGUGUGUGUCUGUGUCACAGGCCACAUUUGGGGGAAAGUCUCGGUACUGAAGCCAUGUUCCUUCCAUCCAUCCACUUUCUAUACAGCUUAUACUUUAAAGCUAGGGUUGGUAAUCCUUGGAAAUUCAGCCAGAGCAGGAUACACUGAUAAAAUGAAGCUGACCCCGUCCUGUCCCGUCUUCAGCGUGAGCACAGUAACGCCAGGAUUCAAACCCAGAACCCUCCUGUUAUGAGCUGUUUGUGCUUACCACUGCACCACCAUGCCACCCAAGCCAUGUUUUGCUCCGUUUAGGGAAAACCCUUAUUGUUGGGUCAAUAGAUAAGUUUAGGUUUGAGUUAAAUCUGCAGGAAUGGAACACAAGUCUUUGUAAUGUCCCCGAACGUGACCUGUGACGUGUCCAUUUGAACAGAGGCGUCCAUGUUUGCCGUCAUGUCCUCUGCAUCACACCCAUCUCUCUCUUUGUUUCUUUCUCUGCACUCUCUUCAUCUUCAUCUUCCUCCCUCCAUAAUGUCUGCAUUCAUUUCUCUGUUGCCAAAUGCUUAUAGCCAAAGAUGUUCCAAGAGGAUUUUAAUUUGAUCCGCAGACAUCAUCACUGUAAAGUGUGUGUAUGUGUGUGUGUGUGUUUGUGAACCUGUCCCGAGGAGCAAGUUGUGUGUUGAUCCUUUCAUCACUGUAGUAACUCCUCUAAAUCCAGCUCCUUGGUUCUCGACCUGCCGACAGUAAACACACAAAACAAGAACAAGAACGUGACUCAUGUGUCGGUUCCGUCUGUCUCACAGGGACGUUUACAGCUGGAGACACAUCAACAGUAGUAAGAACCGGUGUCGUCCCUGUUGUGCGUGUCUCUUGUGCGGUGGUUAUUGUUGUCACAGAGCCGUCAUUGAAAUAUUAACCAUUGUUUCCCUGUGCGUUCGGGACAUUUGACCCCAUUUUGAAAACAGGGAUCAGUCGCUCCUUCAUGAUGCUCGAGUGCAGGUUGCCCCCCCCCCCCUCCUCUAAUGUAAACAUUUAAGUUCCUUCUGAUUAUAAGCGACUGAAUAAACGGUGUAUUUAUGUCAAUACACAUACUCUCUGUUAUUUUACCUUCUUAAAAUCCCAUUUGCUUUUUAAUCUUGUCACAGUUGCUUGAUUUGUGAUUGAGCUCGUGUACGUGAACAUUUUAUUUUGUUGAGAAUUAAAUGCAUAAAGAGGACUUUAAAAAAAGAAAAAAACGGGUGAGAUUUAUUGUAUUGAGGUAGCGUCAUAUAGAAGAGUUUUUAAAACUUCCUUCCCAGUGAUAUUUUUCAUCUGCGAGUUCAUCUGCUGAUUUUCAAUAAACGAAAAAAAAGAGUAUGUAACCCAGAAGAAGACAAGACAACAAAUCCUUGCAUUACUUCUGCUAAUCAUCAGUAAACCUCUUUUUAGAAUCACUACUAGUCUUAACUUACAAUAACUUUCUUUUUCGGCUUUGAAUUUAAUCCAGAAUUCCUGUGUUCUUUUAUUUUAGAUGAAGACCAAGCUAAAUAAGAGCAGUUCGAUUUCUGUCAACUUGUGAUUCCAGUUGUUUUCUCAGCCUAAAUGUUCACUUUUGAAUUUCCUCUAAUGUAUUUUGGUCCUAAUGCUUCUGGAGUUGACGUUGAUGUACAGAUGCUGUAAAUAGUUGUGCUCUUGUUCUGGUGUCUUCUAAUUAACGUACAUCUGACGGCUCGGUACACACACGACUGACUCAGACUCCGGCUGAGUGGUUUCACGUCUAUUUCCUCGAUGCUAAUUCCAUUGAAAUCUCAGGAGGAGGGAUCUGCUCAUUAAUGAUCACUGGAACGUUUAGAUUUUCUUGUCAGACCGCUCGGUAUCAAAACUUUUUCAUGUGCAAUGCCGAGGCAGCGUGUUCACAGAUGUAGAUAAACCUGCUUCAGGAAUGCGUUUCGACCAGUAGAGUGAACGGUCAAAUUUUGGAGUCGAGCUUCAGUUUGUUGUUGAUUUUACGUGUUUACACCAGAAAAGACUAAAAUCCUCUGGCUUCAGCUUCUCUUGUUGCCAAACUGCCUCCAUCAGCGAGGUGAUGUGGUUCCUGGAGCCAGGAGCGAUGAUUCUCUGACACCGGGUAACUCUGGAGCUGAUGUGAAAUAAAGCUACAGUUAUAUUCUAACAUUUUUGCUACCAUUUGCUUUUGUGCAAAUCAAAAUCAACAAGAAAAAAAAAUCAAACACAAAACUGUUGAACAUUGUGCCUCAUCUCCCACCGAGCCUGUCUUUGACUUUUGUCUCUCUCCUCUGUUAAAAGGAAAAAACUUCUUGUACAUACGAUUUGAGAAUGCAUAUGAAUUGCAUCAUUGUACAGUGUGUGUGUGUGUGUGUGUGUUACAGAGAAUAUCAAUAAGCUAACAUGGUGUCAUGGCCGUCUCAGAUGUUUCCAGUUGUCCUGUAGAGAAUGACAGGUUGGGUUUUCUAAGAUGAGGACUUUUCAGGUUUUCUUCACCAUGUCAGUGUUUUCAUUAUUUGAUCUGUUUCUGUUUUUUCUGUGUUUGUAUGGACAUUAAAUUCCCAGAACAGUGCAAAUCCUCACAGGCCUUUUAGAGCUCUUGAUAGUUUAUGUGGAAAACAUGAUUUUAGAAAUGCUGCUCUGCCAAAACCAAAAUGUAGUUGUGCAGAAGAUUUUCUCUGAAAAAAGGAUAUUGUGUGUCGGAAAAUUUAAUUAAAACCUGAGGGGAAACGGUUCCUUCUCUCCCUCCGCCCUUCACAGAGUUUGAAAAAAUUAUAAAUUUCCCAAAAGAGCUCAUUGGAAGCAGAUGGGUCACAGACAAUGAGACAAAAGAAACAAAAAUAUCUGAAAGCUGGAGGCAGAAUGUGAGUGAAGUAAAUCAAAUGACUCGUUAUUAGUGGAUUUGAGGGACGAACCCGCUUUUGUUAAACUCAGCGCUGCACCACAGACGGCUGAUUCAUGUGUCGGAGAUUGUCUGUUGCAUGCUGGGUAGUUAAUCUCACCCAAACUCAGGUGGAAACAUCACAUCCUGGUUUUAAAUCAGAAAAACGUCAAUCCGGAACUCCUGUAUGGUUUUCAAUUUCAAUUUUUUCCAGUUGUUAUAUGUCGCUGAGCGGACGAAUGGCUGAUUGUGAUAAUUUCUCGUGGGUUUCAGUGUUAAUCUCCCGUUAAUACUUUGUAGUAUCUGUUCUUGGUAUCACAUGUUCCGUUAUCUCCUUUAUUCCCUGGACGCUGAACCCGUUUCUGGAAAUGGGUCAGUUAUGCUUAAUUAAAUAGUGUAAAGUUCAUUGGAAUGUGGCAUUUUUAUACUGAAUACUUUAACUUUGUGUAUUAAAAAGUACAUGGAUUCAUUCAGCAUGUCCACUGACAAAACGGCAAUAACCUUUGGAUGUAGUGGAGACGGUCGACUGAUGAUGGUUGUUGAGAUGAGCUGCUGCUCUGCGUUGUUUAGAAGAAAAACCAUCAUCAACAUUUGGACUUUUCUGAAAUCAAAUGUUCAUUGACGACAAAGUUCAUUUUAUGUUUGUGCAACCAGGAUAUGAAAAAAUCUAAUAAAGAAUGUGGAUGUCAAAGAGAA